AUGGGCUCGCUUUCGCAGGCCGACGCCGCCCAGCUGAAGGCGCAGCUGCAGGACGCCGUGAUAUGCUGCUCCGAGCGUGGCCUCUACCACGCUUCCAAAUGGGCUGCAGAGCUCCUCAACUCGUUUCCGGAAUCAGACGAUGACGACACCCGCACCGACGUGGACUCGCCCAUGUCCGAUGCGCCUCCUCACACGCCCAGCGCCGUACCUAAGGAUCCGAUCGAACUACGACUCGAAGCCCGCGAAACACACAAGUACCUCCUUGCAAAGUCCUUCUUUGACUGCCGCGAGUAUGACCGAUGUGCCGCUGUCUUCCUCCCCAGUGCCCUGCCGAAGGGCUCUGUAAUCAGCUCAUCGCCUCCAUCGGCCAAAUCGAAAGGCAAAGGCAAGGCCAAGCAGGGCACGCCGACGAAAACAAGAACUCGGAUAGCAGAGUCAGUCCAAGGGCUUAGCCAGAAGAGCCUCUUUCUGGCACUGUAUGCAAAAUACUUAGCCGGUGAACGGCGCGUGAACGAGGACAGCGAGGUUAUACUAGGCCCACGUGAUGGAGGCGUCUUGAACAAGGAACUGCAGGGCAUCUCGGCAGUACUGAAGGAGUGGUUCGUCAACCUUCCUUCGUGUGGGAGGCAACCACAGGGAUGGCUGGAGUAUCUGUACGGCAUCGUCCUAGCCAAGGGCAAGAACGAGAACCUGGCCAAGGACUACUUCAUCCAGAGCGUGACUUACUACACGUUCAAUUGGGCCGCUUGGCAAGAGCUUGCCAGUCUUUUGGGCACCGCAGAAGAGCUGGACGAGAUUGUCCCACGUCUGCCGCGGAAUCUCAUGGUCUUCAUCUUCCACAUCACAGCAUCACAAGAGCUUUAUCGCGCCGACGAACAGGUUCACGAGUCUCUCACCAACAUACUGACCAUAUUCCCGACGUCUGCGUUCCUCCAAUUGCAACGUGGAAUGCUGUACUAUCAUUCGAAAGACUUCGAUACCGCGGAGAAGGUCUUUUCCGAUAUACUGCUGGCUGAACCGCAUCGACUCGACCAUCUCGACACUUACUCCAAUAUACUGUAUGUAAUGGGCAACCGAGUCAAAUUGGCUUUCAUAGCUCAGCUUGCUUCGAACACCGACAAAUUCCGACCCGAGACCUGUUGUGUUAUUGGAAAUUACUACUCUUUGAAAUCCGACCAUGAGAAAGCUGUAAUGUAUUUCAGACGAGCUUUGGUCCUCAACAGAAGCUUCUUAUCAGCAUGGACUCUGAUGGGUCACGAAUUUGUCGAGAUGAAGAACACGCAUGCGGCGAUCGACUCCUACCGACGUGCAGUAGACGUCAAUCGCAAGGACUAUCGCGCCUGGUACGGUCUGGGGCAUACGUACGAGUUGCUGGAAAUGCACUCAUAUGCUCUAUUCUAUCAUCAGCGCGCCACAGCCCUUCGCCCUUUCGACCCCAAGAUGUGGAUGGCCGUCGGGCAAUGUUUCGGUAAAGUGGGAAAGAUCACAAACGGCAUUCGGGCAUACAAGCGCGCCUUGGUAGCUGGAUCGUACUACGAUGCAGGGGCGGUAUCGUCGUUCGGCUCUGGGGAUAUGUCUGCGCUUGGCGGGGGAAUCCUCGACCCCGAUGUUCUCUACCCGAUUGCGCUACUCUACGAACGCCUUCACGACAUGCAAGAAUGCGCUGCAUACAUGGAGCUGGUUCUCGCUCAAGAAGAAGGACCUGGCAAAGAUGAGUCGAACCCCGAUGCGGGCGGCGGUGUGGGCGUCACAGCUACGACCAGUAAAGCGCGGCUGUGGCUGGCUCGCUGGGAGUACAUGCGCGGCGUGUACCAGAGAGCUAUGGAGCUCGCCAACGAAUUGUGCCAGGAUGGUAUAGAGGUCGAGGACGCAAAAGCACUCGUCAGGGACAUACGAGCAAGGAUGGAAAGAGGGAAGCAUGAUGAGCUGGAAACACCUUGA